GUUUAUCAGCUGCAGAAACAGAUUUACUUUACACACUUGUGAGUCUUGCUGCCUCCAAGAGCAAUGUGUUCGACACUUCGCAGCUGUUUCCCCUGCAGGUCCCACGGAGUAGAAGACUUGUCAGCGCCUUUUUCAGACUGUUGGUCCCGUUUCUCUGCCCGGAUAAGGAUGCGAACCCGGUCAGCGUCCACAGUGUCAGACGGCUUCAGGGCCAACUUUCUCCACGGCCAAACUCCGAGAUCCCCCGGUGCAGGCUGGCUGAAGGGAAAACUCCCCAAGUUCCUGAGAAACCUCAGAGGUCAGGACAGUGUCAACAUCGCCCCCACGACGGAUGGAAACCAGUCGCCCAGCGAAGAGGAGCCUGAGAACGUGAUCCUCACAUUUGAGCAAAAUCUUGAGGAACGCCUCUUCCGUGAGGCGAGCCAGCUGCUGAUAGAGAGAGAGGAGCAUCUGUGUUGGGAGACAACGGAGACAGAGAGUCUGAAAUGUAAUGAGGAAGAAGUUAACAACCUGGCUGCAGAUCACAGAACCCUGGAACGCCGCAUCCUGGAGACUCUAGAGCGGAGUCUGUCUCUCAGCGACGUCAGCAGCGAGGCUCUGAUGUCUGCUGUGAAGGCCAUCGACCAGGAGGAUGAGCAGGACCAACUGUGGAGGCAGAGGGAUCGGACGCCCCCGAGGUGGAGGCCCAGCGGCUGGAAGGAGCUCCACAACACAACUCUCCACAGCCUGGUAAAGGAUCGUAUGGACAACCCGAAAACGCCCUCCGUUAACCAGGUAGAGCAGUCGUCUGUCGAGGCACACAUCUGCAGCAUGGCCAGGCAGCUGAAGAAGGACCUGCUGUGUGUGGUGGAUGAGGUGAAGACCUGCUACCCACCAGAGGCAGACAUCUGUAAUUUUUAUGCCAGGCUGUACCACCAGACCUUCAGUGACAUACUCAGAAAGAUCACAGAUUUUGGUCUGGAGGACAAGGACUGCACUUUCCUCCUGCUCUGGGUGAACAGUCAUUAUCCUGAACUCCUUCAAAAUCCAAAGCUCACCAGUGAGAUCAACACUGAAGCGCUGGGGAAGCUGCUGCCUAAAGACAUACUGGAAUCUCUGGAGGACCAGUACCUGAGCAAACAACAGAAUGAUCUGACGACUUACAUCAGCCGUGUCCUGGAGGAAGCGAAGCAAAAGUGGAGCGAGGGAGAGGAGCCGACGAGAGAGGAUGGCUGCUACAGAAGUCCUGUGGCCGACGACAUCAUCCAGUUAAUUUACGGUAUGGUGACUUCAGCUGAAAAAGUGGUGGGAGACCUGCACAAGGCCCAGAGCUUAACGAGCGAACUGGGCGGCUUAAUGCAGAGCUUCAAGAGCUUCCAAGACGACGUCAUAAGGCAAAACAAAGCCAACAGCAAGGCGUUCGUCAAGGCGAACCUCGGCUGUGUGGAACAGUUCAGGGAUGUCCUGAAUAAGAACGACCACCUGUUCCUGGAGAAUGUGCGGGAAAGCUGUUUGUGUGUUUUGACCGACAUGAAAGAAUCUGCCCACACGUAUUUAUUAAGCCCUGUGCACGAGACCCUCAGGCCACAUUACCGCAAGCUGGGAACCAGCGACUGGCUGAACAAGCCCCUGUUUGAGAAGCUGCUGGUCAGCAUCGAAACGGAGAUCCAAGGGCUCAGGGGUUCAAAAGAAUCCUGUCACCGGGAGCUGAUUUCCCAGUUUCAUCAGGAAGUGACGGUUGUAUAUGUGAAGAGGCUCCUCAAAGGAGAAGUCAAGCUGAAGGACAAGGAAUGGCAGAAAAAGGCCUACAUGACCGUGACAGACAACGCAGACAGUUUGCACAGUUUAUUCUUUGAAAUGGGUUCACGGGAGGACUGGCUGAAAGAAAUCCUCACCAAGAUUGCAGAAGUGUUGAAACUCCAGGAGCUCCCCGCCAUACAGAUGCAAGUGGCAUCACUGGGAAGUGCUUUUCCUGACCUGAGUGAAAAACACAUUUCAGCUCUGCUCAAGCUCAAGACGAACCUCUCCAGAGCCGACAGGAAAAGAGCCAAAGCGACUCUGUCGGACACUUUGAGAGAAAUCGGCGUCGCGGGCGCUCGGCCGUUUUUCUCCAAAGUUCAGGUUAGAUGAGCCGUACGCUGCGACGAUGCUCAUCAUCCAGUUCUCCUCAUUUCAGUCGUUUUAAUGUUGGCUCAGAGUCGGGUUGUAUCAUGUGCCGUAGUGUUUGUGUGUAAGUUGGACACGGAUGUUUUCAGUCCAGCUUCUACAAAAUGAUGCUGUCGCAGUGUGUGACGACGUGUAAUGUGAAUGGCGCUGUGGGCGAUGACGAGCCGAGCAGAGAAAGACGAAGCUCGGCCCGACUGUAAAACGAUGGCAUGAGCGUAGCUACUGUUUGAAUCUAUAAGCUGCAGUUCACAUUAGUGCUGGUAGAUAUGGUGCUUUUCACUGCGAAAGAAAAAAGAUCAUGUCAGGUUUGUGUGAGUGUGUGUGUUUGUGUUUCAGUGAAAGGACAGGGUCAGUAUUUGCAGUUGUGUUCCUGAUGGUGUAAAUUUUUUUUACAUCAAAUCACUGUUAAAGUUUAUUUUUAUGCCGUAUAUUUCUUGAAAUAUAUGAGCAAUAGAGGGAGACAUCAUGCUUUAGGUUUUCACAUUUUGUCUGAUGUACAGAAUUAAGUGUAUUAAAUGUAAAUUAAAUUUGUAAAAUAAAGUUGGUAAAACUUCA